AUGUCUUCGUCUUAUUCAUUUCUGUUGGCUGGAAGAGAGUUGGAUGUGUUCUUGAGUUUCAGCGGUAAGAUAGCUCUUGACAUCGAUUUCGGUUAUGAUUUGUCUCGAAAUGGCAUUAAAUCUUUCAAAUCAGAAAGCUGGAAGGAGAAGAGUUUCAAACCAAUUGAUCGACCAACACUCGAGGCUUUGACAGAGUCGAAAGUCGCAGUUGUCAUGACGUCUGAUGAAGAAGCUUCUUCAGUUGGGUUCCUUGAAGAGCUCAUAGUAAUACUCGAGUUUCAAGAGAAACGUUCACUCACUGCCAUACCAAUCUUCCUAACGAAACACCCUUUGGAUAUGGAAGAAAUCUCUCAACUAUUUCCAGAGAGAUCUCAAGUUUGGAGGACUGCAAUAUCCAAACUGGUCAACAUAGCUGCAGAGUAUUCACUCUCUCGGAACCUUGCAGUGAUGCACGGAACACAUAGGAUCAAGAUGGUUGCUGAUGACAUUAGGCUUAUGUUUCUUUCUUCUGCAUCGAGCGAUUUCAAAGGUCUUGCCGGAAUGGAUCGUCACUUGAAAACGGUUUAUGAAUUGUUGGCUUUAGAAUCUGACAAAGAAGUUCGUACUAUUGGCAUUUGGGGUAGUGCAGGUGUGGGAAAAACAACGCUUGCAAGGUACACUUAUGCAGAGAUCUCUGUGAAAUUUCAGACACAUGUUUUCCUCGAAAACAUAGAAAACAUGAAACAAAAGCUUCUACAGUCAGAAAACUAUCAAGAGGAAGAAGAUAAUCUAACAAAUUCAGAUCAUGAGAGGAAUGAAAUAACCGAAGCACGGAACAAACACCGGAAAGUUCUCCUUGUAGCUGAUGGUGUGAAUGGCAUUGAACAAGGGAAGUGGAUCGCCGAGUAUGCCAACUGGUUUGCUCCAGGAAGCAGAGUCAUUCUCAUUACUCAGGACAAGAGUGUUCUUGAGGACUCUGGGGUUAAUCAUGUGUACGAAGUUGGGUCUCUAAGAUACGAUGAAGCUCUUAAACUCUUCUCACAUUUUGCUUUCAAGCAGCCAUAUCCUCGUCCUGAUUUCGAACGCCUCUCAGUUCGCGCGGUCCAGCUCGCAGGGUUUCUUCCUGUGGCUAUUAGACUGUUUGGUUCGUUUUUAACCGGUAGAAGUAAAGAGGAAUGGGUAGCUACACUGCUUAAACUCAAUGCAAAGCAAGGCAAAGAUAUAAUGGAAGUCUGGAAGCUGAUGGAAGCAUCAGAAGGCAAUGAUAUUGUGGAAGCAUCAGAAAGAUAA